CUUCAGCAGAGCGAGCAGCUGCUUCCACCAUCUAGUUCCUCAAUUCGGUGAAAAAUCCUAAUAUGGCAGAGAGGAGAGAGGCAGUAAAGGCAGCAGCUAAGCAGGACUUCCUGCAGUUCAAUGAUCUGGUCUGUGAGGCGGUCGGUGGGAAGGUUAUUUUUGCUACAGACGAAUGGUUCGCUCCUGCUGCCAACCUGCUGAAGAGAGAGCCGCCGCAGUUCAUCGCCUCCGCCUUCACUGAGUUUGGAAAGUGGAUGGACGGAUGGGAGACGAGGAGAAAGAGAAUUCCUGGUCACGACUGGUGCAUCAUCCAGCUGGGAGUCCCGGGGCAGAUCUACGGCUUCGAUGUUGACACAUCCUUCUUCACAGGAAACCACUCGCCCCACGUGUCCAUCCAGGCCGGCUGUCUGGACAAACCACCCACCUUCACCCUGGAAGGAGACCGAACCGGCAUGGCCGCCUCUGACAGCCAGCUGGCUGCUGUCGCCAAGCUGGACUCGGAGGUGUGGCCAGAGCUGGUGUGUGAGUCGGAGCUGAAGCCCGGAUACUCAGACAGCUGCCAUAACUACUACAAGGUGAACUUCACCCACAGAGUCACACACCUGCGCCUCAACAUGCACCCAGAUGGAGGGAUCGCCAGGCUGCGGGCGUACGGCGUCGGACAGAGAGACUGGUCGUCUGUCUCCGCCCACCAGGACGUCGACCUGCUGGCUCUGACCAAUGGAGGAGUCUGCCUCGGCUACAGCGACGCCCACUUUGGGCACCCACGCAACAUGAUUGGCCUCGGCCGAGCUGCCAACAUGGCUGACGGAUGGGAAACGGCCCGAAGACUGGACAGACCCAAACACCUGGAGGUGGACCAGCGGGGCAUCCUGCAGGUCCCGGGCUGGGAGUGGGCGGUGUUUCGACUCGGUCAUCUCGGAGCGAUCAGCAGCAUCGAGGUCGACACCAACCACUUCAAAGGGAACUUCCCGGACUCCUGCAGGAUCGACGCUUGCUGUUUGAGCCCCGAGGAGGAGGCUCAGUGCACCGGGACCCGGUGGACUUCUGGGGACUGGCAGGUCCUUCUUCCCCCUCAGAAACUGCAUCCUCAUCACAGACAUCUCUACGGCGAUGCCCAGCUCGCUCUCCGCUCACCUAUCACUCAUGUUCGCCUCGUCAUCAGCCCGGACGGAGGAGUCAGUCGGCUGCGGCUCUGGGGUCGACUCGUCGCUGAGGCUCCGGCCAAUCACAAGACACCGCCGUCCAAACUGUGAGGCGCAGAACACUCGAUCUCCGUCAGGGAACCACGAAGACAGAGAGGAGUUAAUAAUAGUAGUGUUUUACGAAAUAAAACAGAAAGUCACGUCUGAUGGUCAUAUAUACAGUAAUAAUAAUAAUUAUAUAUAUAUAUA